UGGAAAUACAUUUACGGAAAGAUGCUUAACAAUAUGGAUUUGAACUCUCAAGAUUCUUUCUACUCUCAGUUCGACAACUGUAACAGUUCUGCUAUUGGGCUGGAAUCUCACGGCUCGAAAGACAGCCAGGAUGUUUUCAUGGAUUCUGGAAGAACAGCACCAGCUCAGUUUGCACACGGUGCGCUUAUUACCCCCAAAACGGAGCCCACAAGUACAGAUCAGUACAACUCUUGUCACGGUCCUAAAGAGAGAUACCCAACCUCCUUGGCGUACUCUGGCAGUUUCUAUGUAGAAACAUCUCAAGGAGCGCCCUGCAGCACGGAAACAUUGCUCAACAUGAUAACCGAAAUCGUUGGCAUCUCAACAACCCCCAUGUCGGAAGCCCAUCAGUGUACAAACGGCCAGAUGAAUACCAGCCAUUCCUCUGUUGACAGUGGCCGUAGCAGUUUUGGAGACGAGGGGGUCCAGAGACAGGCCUCCCCGCCGUUGUUUUCCCCAGGUCAGGCAGGCCACAACUACCCGGAGUCCCAGACCACCACCACACAGGCACAAGACUCUUCCGUAUCGAAUUUGAACUUUUGCUCCACUGCGCAAGCUUCCACCCAUGACGAGGAGCCGCUCUCGGAGUCUACAAUGUUCCCAGUGGCGAUCAAAAAUGAAUUCGAGAGCAGCUGUUACGAGUGGGGAGCAUUUAAUAAGUCUGAUAACUACUUGGAUGCUGGCUUUCAGUCAGAGGCAUUCACAAUGUCGAAUAAUUUCCCAACCGAUCAACAGGUGGACGUGAAAGAGCUUUUGGACUCAUAUUCUCCAAUUUGCUCAAAUCCAGAGAUUGAAUUCAAAGUGGAGAGCUCCCUUAAACAAGAGCAGUGCUUUGGAGAUGCAUGCGCGCAGGGUUUCAGUACUCACAUGUUUAACUAUUCUGCUCCAAUUAUGGAUAUCCCAUCCAAUAAUCUCUUGAAACCGACCAUAUUUCCAAAUAUUGAACUCCAGUCCAGUUGCGACUCAACCUUCUCGACCUCAACUAUAGACUCAGUUCUGUAUUCUUCUUUAUUGCCGGAGUCUUUCAGUCAAACUUACACAAGGGCUCAGAAACCUAAUCGGGUAAGAAAGAGCCCUGCCUCCUCCACCGGACCCGCCAAGGAGAAACCCUUCACAUGUCCCAUGGAGACCUGUGACCGACGCUUCUCUCGAUCGGAUGAGCUCAACAGACACAUCCGUAUCCACACUGGACACAAACCUUUCCAGUGCCGAAUCUGUUUGCGUAGCUUCAGCAGAAGUGACCAUCUGACCACACACACUCGCACGCACACGGGUGAGAAGCCUUUUUCUUGUGAUGUAUGCGGCAAACGCUUUGCAAGAAGCGACGAAAGGAAGCGGCACGGCCGCGUGCACCUCAAACAGAAAGAAAAGAUGGAGUUGAAGCCACAGGUAGUUAAUGCGUGGCCAUUCACUUUGCCCGAGGCCAUCUGA